GCGGCGCGGUGACGCGGCCCCCGGUCAGGGCUGAGGCGCGGCGGCACCGUGAGGCGCUGUCAGUGCCGCGCUGAGGGUCCGCCCCGCCCCGCACCGGGAUCCGCCGCCGCUGCCAUGGAGCCCCAUCGCUGGCUGCCCCUGGAGGCCAACCCCGACGUCACGAAUCAGUUUCUGAAACAGUUGGGUAUACAUCCUGACUGGCAAUUUGUAGAUGUUUAUGGUAUGGAGCCAGAACUGCUUAGCAUGGUGCCAAGACCUGUAUGUGCAGUACUACUUCUCUUUCCAAUAACAGAAAAGUAUGAAACCUUCAGAACAGAAGAAGAAGAGAGGAUAAAAGCUAAGGGACAAGAUGUCAAAUCAUCAGUGUAUUUCAUGAAGCAGACCAUUAACAAUGCUUGUGGAACAAUUGGUCUAAUUCAUGCUAUUGCAAACAACAGAGAUAAAAUGAACUUUGAAACGAAUUCUUCACUGAAAAAGUUCCUAGAAGAUUCAUUAUCUAUGACUCCUGAAGAGAGGGCCAAAUACCUAGAAACUUAUGAAGCUAUUCGUGUCACUCAUGAAUCCAGUGCCCAUGAAGGUCAGACUGAGGCGCCAAGUAUAGAUGAAAAAGUAGAUCUUCAUUUUAUUGCAUUAGUUAAUGUAGGUGGUCAUCUCUAUGAAUUGGAUGGGCGCAAGCCAUUUCCAAUAAACCAUGGGGAAACCAGCGACGAUUCUUUUUUAGAGGAUGCAAUAGAAGUUUGCAAGAAAUUCAUGGAACGUGACCCAGAAGAAUUAAGAUUUAAUGCAAUUGCACUGUCUGCAGCUUAAAAGCCUUUUCCAGUGAGGCAACUCUAUUGCAAUGGAUUGUAAGAAUAAAACUGUUGCCAUAUGUUAAUAGUACAAAUUUUGAUACUUCCCUAACAUCUUGACUAAUUGUAGCAUACGUGGAAUAAACUUUGCAUUUGUCCUUGCUAUAUUUUGCUGCUUGUUCCUACAGCAACUUUGGGUAUUUCUAUACAGGCAUGCAUUUUGUGCAAGAUUUCUAUGUGGUGGGUUUUUUCCCUUCCAUCCCCUUAAAAGUUUUGGGAGUUUCUGUCUGUGAUAUUUCCUCGUAAUAAAGAUGAGCUAUUUCAGAG